AAAGAUUUCUUAUUUUCUUGUCGCAGCAUUUAAUCCCCACGUUCGAACAGUGGACUCGUCCUGUACAAGAAAUAGAGAAAAAUCAUUAGAUCACUCCAACGCGAAUAGAGGCGCUGCUUCAUUCAGCCACCUGGCGCUGAGCUGCGGUAAUUAACGUGGUGUGAAGCCUCAUAUAAAAGGACCUGUACAGUUCGCUUUCCAAUUUCCAUACCAUAAUCGUACCGCAGAAAAAUGUGUGAAAUUUGAUUUCUACUUAAAAGCAUCAUGUUUAACGAUUUUUAUGGGGAAGGAGACUUAGCAAUGUAUUCGGCGUCAGUGGCAGUUUUUAUUUGUAUCGCUUCAAUUGCCUAUAUGAGAGAUAGCCAUCUGAACGCGAUUAGUCAAUAAAUAGCGUACAUCCAAGGAAUUCUUCAACAUUUAACAUCUGGCCGACUGUAUGACUAGGUUUAGAGUGUAAACAAGCGCGCGAUAACACACACAGUGUUUUAAGCGCACUCAAUCAGAUCGGAGCUACCUGUCGCACUGAGAAGCAGGCGACCGAGGGAGCAUGAGUAUUCAAGAUAUGCCCGUGGACUAUAGAAGGUCCCCGUCCCCGGGGACAGCCUUCCCCUCCCCUCCCAGGGAUAUGCUGAGGAAGAAAGACUUGUGUCAAAUUGAUGAUUCUCCUGUAAGGAAAAACAAAAGGAAAAGUAGUGAACCUAAGAAGAGGACGGAUUUCAGCAUCAAGCGAUUCUGUCCGGAUAGCCCAAGUCCUGGAAGCACGUGUUCGGACAGUGGCCGGAGUGAGGACACGGACAAUAAUAAUGACUCUCCUCACUCCCCCGCAAGAUGUCCGAGCGGAAUGAUCCUUCACGAGAGGGAAGAACCGCGCGGGGGACACCAAAGUGAUUCUAACGGUUCUCCGCCCGUACCUCAUGGACUUAUGUUAUUUCCCACACACAUCCCUCCGGGGUAUUUAAUUCCAGGAUUUCCUUACGGACACCCGGCAUUACCUUUUCCACCCCAGCAUCCUCAUUUAAAUGUUCCCAGAGUGGAUUACUUAAACAGAAACAAUACCUCAAAUUAUGUACCCCCGCCUGAAAAGGUGGAGGCUCGAAAUCGUGUGAAUAAAUCUAGUGAAAAUAAAAAUGUGACUUCUAGUGAAAAAAGAAGCAAUAUUGCAAGUACAAGUAGUAAUAUCGCUGAAGAAGAUCAAGAGGACGGAUAUGUCUCGGACGGUAUGUGUAAAAAUGGAAACAAAAAAUCCAGGAAAAAUUACAAAAAUAUGACGAGAGAACGUCGAAUUGAGGCGAAUGCCCGAGAAAGAACUCGAGUCCACACAAUUAGUGCUGCUUUUGAUAAUCUAAGAAGAGCCGUCCCGUCCUAUUCCUAUAACCAGAAAUUAUCCAAACUCGCCAUCCUGAGAAUAGCAAGUAGUUAUAUCAUGGCUCUUGGAAGAUUAGCUGAAAUUGACAAUUUUGAUAAUAAGGAAUCGCGGAGUGAAUUUGGUGAGUGUGUUGAUUUGUGUACACGGACAAUUCAAACAGAAGGAAGAGCAAGAAGAAGACAUUGAUUUACUAUUAAUUAACUUGUUAAUUAAAUAAUCUUGGAAAACAUUCAAACUUUCUAAGAAAUAUGAAAUAAUAUUUCUGUUGCAUUUUGAAGGAAAAAUUAGAUUUUUUAACCGUCGGAGAGAAAGAAAUAUAUUAUUUGCUUCGGAGGAAAUUUACAAGUGAAACAUCUGGUUGAAUUAUUAUUGCUUCUGUCGAUAACGGUGCGGAGGGAAAAACUUGGCUGCAGGAUUAACGUCGGAACCACUGACUGUAGAUCAUUUAUGAUAUGAUCAAACGGGCAUCCAGAUGGUGUUUUCGGCAUAUUGUGUUGCACAAAUAAGCCCCUGUAUUCGCAGCGCUUUAUGAAUACGUUUAUUUUUGUUUUACACGCCGCCCGUUUGAUGCGGCGCCAGCUGCUAAACUAAGAAACCCAAUACUUGUUGAGACAUUGUUAGAACACACGUUAUAGGAAAGAAACUGGUCAGGACUCGAGGUUCAUGCCUCAUUUCAUAGUCAAUUUUAUUUCUAGUGUUGAUUCCUUCCUUUGUUGCAAAGAUUGUUUUUUGUCCAUAACUGUGAUACAGUCAAUUUUUUUGUUUGUUUGUUUCACUUGAGAAAAAGAAACUCUUGAGAAAAAAAUCAAGUGAAUAUUGAAAACAUUAUGUGCAAUGAUCCUCAUAUUUUUUUGAUGUGAGAAAAAGGAAAUGUGCUUGAAUAUAAAUCGGUGCUAGAAAAAUAAAAUAUGUAAUUACCCUUUA